CGGGCGUGUCGGUGCUGCGCGGGGCGGGGGCCGAGCGCGGGGCCGCAGCCUGUUGGAGCUUGUGGGGCUCGGGGCUGGGGGCGCGGGUCACCGUGCGGGGGCCCGCCGGCCCGGCUUCCUGUGCAGAGCAGUUUUGUCGAACUCUCCACCUCUGCAUCAUUGGGGCCCAACGCUGCCAGGAGACCCUGUCCGGAUCUGUCGAAGAAAGGAGUGUCAUGAGAAAGGAACAGAAAAGAGACGUCAUUCUUGGUGAAAGGGGAGUUUUCUCUCCCAGUUGGUGGUUACUUCAUGACCAGAAGAGAAGUACCUAGGUGGCUGAAGAGAUUAGAUUUUUCUAGCUGUGCAGAUGAAGCUGAUAAAAGAAGACAUGGACGUGGUUUCUCUGGGUCAUAAUAGGCUGAUGAGUAAGAAAGGCUGAAAAAGACAGAUUUGGAAUGCGGGCAGGAAUUUUGAGUUUUUUGAAACUAAAGAGGACGGUGAACACUGUUGAGGAUGUUUUUCUCCCAAAAUGGAACAAGAAAAAAUUCUGAAAGCAAGAAGUGUAAAAAGUUGAGAGGAAUAACAACCGAGCCCACUCCAAGAAUUUUAGUACUCAUCACCUUCUCUGGGCAAACACACACAAGGGCAUCAUACAUGUUUGGUGAUCACACUGCAGGUGAUGGUGUCCUAUGCGAGGAAUGACUUCUUCAUUUGGAUUUUGGAGCGCUUUUUCUUUUCUGUACAAUGUGUGUUUUGACUCUUCCUGUUAGAUAGAUUUAUGCAAAGGAAGUAAAUCCUGAAUUCAUAGUAUAUUUGACUCACUAGAGCAGUGUUCGCUGUGUGAUAUGGAAAAACUAGAGUCUUUAACAUUCCUUGAAGUUUUACUGGAAGCAAAACUGUGUCAGGGAAAUAGAUACAUAGUGUAAGUUUUCUCUUUUUGGCAACUGCACUUGCUUUGAAUGAGCCGAAUGUCAGCUGGAUUUCACAGCAUAAGCGAUUUAUAGUCUUUGUUUUAUCAAGGCCUUAAAUGUAUGUUUUAUACAAAGCAGCUGGGAAACGCAUUGAACACUCUGUUUGACAUGAAUGCAUAAGGAAAGGAAAUCCCCGAUGGAUCAUGGCGUUAAUGUUUACAGGACAUUUCUUAUUUUUAGCAUUAGUGAUGUUUGCUUUCUCUACUUUUGAGGAAUCUGUAAGCAAUUACUCUGACUGGGCAGUUUUCACAGAUGAUCUAGAUCAGUUUAAAACGCAGAAGGUGCAGGAUUUCAGAUCCAGCCAAAAGCUGAAGAAAAGUAUGCUUCAUCCAAGUUUAUAUUUUGAUGCCGGAGAAAUCCAUGCAAUGAGACAAAGGUCUCGCACAAGCCAUUUGCAUCUUUUUAGAGCGAUCAGAAGUGCAGUGACAGUGAUGCUGUCCAACCCGACAUACUACCUACCUCCACCCAAGCAUGCUGAUUUUGCUGCCAAGUGGAAUGAAAUUUACGGGAACAAUCUGCCUCCUUUAGCACUGUACUGUUUGUUAUGCCCAGAAGACAAAGUUGCCUUUGAAUUUGCCUUGGAAUAUAUGGACCGGAUGGUUGGCUACAAAGACUGGCUAGUUGACAAUGCCCCAGGGGAUGAGGUUCCAGUUGGCCAUUCCUUAACAGGUUUUGCCACUGCCUUUGACUUUUUGUAUAACUUAUUAGAUGAUGCUCGAAGACAAAAAUACCUGGAAAAAAUAUGGGUGAUUACUGAGGAAAUGUAUGAGUAUUCCAAGGUCCGCUCAUGGGGCAAACAGCUUCUCCAUAACCACCAAGCUACUAAUAUGAUAGCAUUACUCACUGGGGCCUUGGUGACGGGGGUGGAUAAAGGAUCUGAAGUAAAUUUAUGGAAACAGGUCGUGGUAGAUGUGAUGGAAAAGACGAUGUUUCUGUUGAAUCAUAUUGUCGAUGGCUCUUUGGAUGAAGGUGUGGCCUAUGGAAGCUACACAGCUAAAUCAGUCACACAGUAUGUGUUUCUGGCCCAGCGCCAUUUUAAUAUCAACAACUUGGAUAAUAACUGGUUAAAAAUGCACUUUUGGUUCUAUUACGCUACCCUUUUACCAGGCUUCCAAAGAACUGUGGGCAUAGCAGAUUCCAACUAUAAUUGGUUUUAUGGUCCAGAGAGCCAGUUGGUUUUUUUGGAUAAGUUCAUCUUAAAGAAUGGAGCGGGAAAUUGGUUAGCUCAGCAAAUUAGAAGGCACCGACCUAAAGAUGGCCCGAUGGUCCCCUCCACUGCCCAGAGGUGGAGUACUCUUCACACUGAAUUCAUCUGGUAUGAUCCCCAGCUCACCCCACAGCCUCCUUCUGAAUACGGUACUGCAAAAAUGCACAUGUUCCCUAACUGGGGUGUUGUCACUUACGGGGCUGGGUUACCAAAUACACAGACCAACACCUUUGUGUCCUUUAAAUCUGGGAAGCUAGGCGGUCGAGCUGUGUAUGACAUAGUUCACUUUCAGCCAUACUCCUGGAUCGAUGGGUGGAGAAGCUUUAACCCAGGACAUGAACAUCCAGACCAGAACUCAUUUACUUUUGCCCCCAAUGGGCAAGUAUUUGUGUCCGAAGCUCUCUAUGGACCCAAGCUGAGCCACCUGAACAACGUACUGGUGUUUGCCCCGUCGCCCACCAGCCAGUGUAAUAAGCCCUGGGAAGGUCAGCUGGGAGAAUGUGCACAGUGGCUCAAGUGGACCAGUGAGGAUGUCGGUGACGCAGCAGGGGAAAUCAUCACUGCCUCUCAGCAUGGGGAAAUGGUAUUUGUGAGUGGGGAGGCAGCCUCUGCUUACUCUUCAGCCAUGAAGCUGAAAAGCGUGUAUCGCGCGCUGCUUCUCUUAAACUCUCAGACUUUGUUAGUGGUUGAUCACAUUGAGAGGCAAGACGAUUCCCCAAUAAAAUCUGUCAGUGCCUUCUUUCACAACCUGGAUAUUGAUUUUAAGUACAUCCCAUACAGGUUUAUGAACAGGUAUAAUGGUGCCAUGAUGGACGUGUGGGAUGCACACUACAAAAUGUUUUGGUUUGAUCAUCGUGGCAGCAGCCCCGCUGCUAGUAUACAGGAAGCAGAGCAAGCCGCUGAAUUUAAGAAGCGGUGGACUCAAUUUGUGAAUGUUACAUUUCAGAUGGAGUCCACACUCACAAGAAUCGCAUAUGUCUUUUAUGGGCCAUAUGUCAAUGUUUCCAGCUGCAGAUUUACUGAUGAUUCCAACUCUGGACUUCAGAUUUCACUCAAUGUCAAUAAUACUGAACACGUUGUUUCCAUUGUCACUGACUAUCUUAACCUGAACACGAGAUUCAACUACCUGGGGUUUGGUGGCUUUGCCCAUGUGGCAGGUCAGGGCCAAAUCACCCGAUUUGGUUUGGGCACUCAAGCAAUAGCAAAGCCCGUAAGACAUGAUAGAGUUAUUUUUCCCUUUGGAUUUAAAUUUAAUAUAGCGAUUGGGUUGAUUUUGUGCGUUAGCUUGUUGAUUUUAACUUUUCAGUGGCGGUUUUACCUUUCCUUUAGAAAGCUGAUGCGAUGGAUCCUAAUACUUGUUAUUGCCUUGUGGUUUAUUGAGCUGCUGGAUGUAUGGAGCACUUGUACUCAGCCCAUCUGUGCAAAAUGGGCAAGGAUGGAGGCUGAGCCAAGUGCUGAGUCUUUGUCUCCCCAAGGGCACCGCGUCGAUCUUCCCGAUGUCGUCAUUACCUCACUUCCUGGUUCAGGAGCUGAAAUUCUCAAACAAAUUUUUUUCAACAGUAGUGAUUUUCUCUACAUCAGGGUUCCCACAGCCUACAUGGAUAUCCCUGACACUGAACUUGAAAUCGACUCAUUUGUAGACGCCUGUGAAUGGAAGGCAGCUGAUAUCCGUAGUGUGCAUUUCCGUUUGCUGCGAGGCUGGUUGCAGUCUUUGGUCCACGACACGAAGCUGCAUUUGCAAAACAUUCAUCUGCAUGAACCCAGUCGGGGCAGACUGGCCCAAUAUUUUACAGUGAAUAAGGACAAAAAAAGAAAAUUGAAAAGGAGAGAGUCUUUGCCAGAACAAAGAAGUAGAAUGAAAGGCGCCUUUGACAGAGAUGCUGAAUAUAUCCGGGCUCUGAGGAGACACCUGGUUUACUAUCCGAGUGCCCGGCCUGUACUCAGUUUAAGCAGUGGGAGUUGGACCUUAAAGCUUCAUUUUUUUCAGGAAGUCUUGGGAGCUUCGCUGAGGGCACUGUACGUAGUAAGGGACCCUCGGGCAUGGAUUUAUUCAUUGCUGUACAGUAGCAAACCAAGUCUGUACUCUCUGAAGAAUGUACCGGGGCACUUAGCCAAACUGUUUCAAGUAGAUGGAGGGAAAGGCAGAUGUAGCCUGAAUGAGGGUUACGCUCCUGAAUAUGAAUCGUUAAGGAAAGAAUUAUCAAAAUCCAAGUCAGAUGCGGUCUCCCUGUUGUCUCAUUUGUGGCUGGCAAACACAGAAGCAGCCCUGAGAGUAAACGCGGAUUUGCUGCCUACCAGCUACCAGCUGAUCAAGUUUGAAGACAUUGUGCAUUUUCCUCAGAAAACCACGGAGAGGAUUUUUGCCUUUCUCGGAAUUCCUUUGUCUCCUGCUAGUUUAAACCAAAUAUUGUUUGCCACCUCCACAAACCUUUUCUAUCUUCCCUACGAUGGGGAAAUAUCACCAAGUAACACUAAUGUUUGGAAACAAAACUUGCCUAGAGAUGAAAUUAGCCUGAUUGAAAACAUCUGUUGGACACUGAUGGACCGUCUAGGAUAUCCAAAGUUUAUGGACUAAAUGCUGCAGGUCAGCAGAGAUUUGCACUAAUACUCCCAGCCCAGUAUGUGGCCAUGAAUUAGAAGAGUGUGUUUAUUCUUGUACUCUGUGUGUGUGUGUGUGUGUGUGUGUGUGUGUGUGUGUAUGCGUGUGUGUGUGAGUUACUUGCACAGAGAUUAUUUUAAAAGUAGGCACCAUAUUUGGUCUAGCAGGAUUAAUCUUUAUGUCAACCCUUUUCCUUACCUUUGUUUCUGAAUUUUUUUCCUGCUAAAAUAUUUCCACUACAGAGGUGUAGAUGAAGUUAUAUUGUAGUCAGGGGAGGUAGGGAGGUUUUAAAGGUGUUUGUCUAACUCUCUCCUUCAUCUGCAACUCUGCUGAUCUGUCUUGGAACCUCAAACACUGCUAAAGGCCUUGCCAUUGUUGAUUUACCCAAGCAUCCCUUCCUUUCGAGAUGGACUACAAACAUUCUUCUAACACAUUUACCCUGCACAAAAAAAAAAAAAAAAAAAAAUCCUUUACCGUGUAUCAUGUUCAGCGAUAUCACCGGGGAAAUAGUGAAAACUCCUAUCAGAACUCAGAACUAUAGGAUUCCUUCUGGAAAAUACACAUGGGAAUCCAAAGGGAUUUUUCUUUUUUCCUUUUUUUUUGGCAGGAACAGUUACUUACGUGAAACCCCUCCUUCAAGUUUUCUACUUUGAAGUAAUAAGAAGUCAGUCUUUGAAUAAUCUGGAUGCCAAGGGCUGGUGGAGACAUUUUCGACCUGCUUGUCAGUUUAAAACUCUUUUUUGCCUCGAAGCUACAGCUGCUCACCUUCACACCACUCCUACUCUGUCCUUUCUGUCACUGCCGUGUGAAACAAUCCAUAGUUACUAAUUGCUAAACUCCCAAUAUUUAUGGGGAUUUUUAUCCUCUCCCCCACCCAUGAUUCAGUUUGCAUGAAAGCCUGACACAGACGUAGAAUCCAAUUUCUUUUUGUGGAACUAUCACUGUAUGACUCAAAGGAAGCACUGCCCCUUCUGCCAGUAUUUUUUUAGCCUAGAAUCAGAAUUGGAAAACUGCCUGACUUAUCUCGCCUCCCUUUGAAUGAGACUGCCACAGACUGCCAGUGUCUGCAAAAGUCGAACACAAAUGGGAGAUGAUGUCAGAGGCAUCUGUUUCCUUUACCAUCUGCAUCUUAUUAUAAAUGUAGUCGUCACAAAAUGUGGUUCAUUUUCUUUCGGUAGGCUCUGAAAUCAAAAUGCUACCCCAUUAAAAGCCAGUGGAGUAAUUACAGUGUAUUGGAUGAAAACCAUUAGGCAGUGUCGGGACUUGAUGAAAAUCUCUGUACAGAUUGCUGUCUUCCUGAUGUUUCAAACUGUCGUUCCCCCAAGCUCUCUAACACUUGGGAGUCUGUCAUUCUGACCUAGAUAAAAGUGGUUCUCUCUCAGUAGUUUGUUAUUGUGUCAAAAUGUGCCUCCAGAGUGAUAAAGCUAUGGAUAUGUUACAUUCCAGUUAAACCUAACUUGGCUGUCAUUAUUUUUGCCCCAUUCUGGUGUGAAUACAGAUUGCUCCUCCUCUCCCUAUAUUUACUUCUUCACAGAACUCUCACUGCUUUCUAACAGUGUCAAAAUGAAUGAAAAUCAUACUAAUAUAGGUUGAGAGGGCAACUGAACACCUGAAUCUACACUGUUAAUUUUCAAGGAAGAUCGUUCUUCCUAUCUCAGGGUUUUCAACAAGAAUGUACGAUUGCUUCGUGGGUGAUAACACUAUUUCCAUUAUUGGUCAGAGUUUCCGUGUUUGCUUUCAAUUCCCAGGAUGCGUGAUCUUGAAUGAGAUCCAAUUAGAAGGCUUUGGGGUGGCAGAAUGUUAGAGCUGAUAAGGUAAGAAUUAGAAAUGUGUGCAGCAAGUAACCAAGAAGAAAGCAGGAGUUUUACCACUGCCUCUCUUUUAAAAUUGUACAGAAACACGCCCACAGGCAGAAAAGAGCCGGACUGAGUAUGUGGAGGAAUUGGGGGAGAGGUAGGGAAUAUGAAAAUGUAGUAGUUCUGUGAAUGAAUAUGGGAACGUAUUAUUAUUGACAGCUAAAGAUAGGGACACGCUUAACAAAAUGAUCUUCACAGGGCAUCCUAACUUGUAGCCACACAUAGCAAAAUCAAGUUUCUGUCUCUGCUUCCCCACUGCCACCCCAAGGGAAAGUUUGCCGGAGGAGAAGACCUAUUUGCAGAACCCUCUGUGAGGAGUGUUCUCCGUGGGUGAGGGAAGGCACAGCCACCACACAUGCACGUGUUAUGUCACACUUGGGACCCCCUCCCGUCAUCUCAGUAUCUAAGGUGACUGAGUCUCCCCAAACAUCCAGUUCCUGUAUCUUAGGGUAUUAUCCUAGGAAAACAUCGAAUAGACUUCACUUACUUUUAUUCUUGAAAAUAAAACAAUUAUCAGGUAUGACACUUUCAAAGGAAACACUUAUAAAAUGUCUGUGAAAUCAAUCCCGUUCUUCAUUAACUUCCCCAAAUUUAGACCCAAUUGGGAUAAAAGCUUCUGUUAAAAUACGAGCAUUUAAAUCUUAAGACUUUCAAAGUACAUGGUAAUUUUGUGGAUGAAAUUAAUACAAGUAAAUAUAGUGGUAGUAAUCUGGUGAAAUAAUGCAGAUUACUCACGAUGAAAUAGGCCAUAUCCAGAGUUGAAUUUACUGUAAUGAAAAUUCCAGGAAGGAUAGGAAAUGGGAGAAUCUGUUCAGGAUGAGGAAGAUAAAUCUAUAAACAUGUUGUAAUUUAUAGAAACCUAGAGAGGAACACGUUUUAAGGAGAUGACACAAGAAUGCACACACAUUAGUCCUAGACACCGUGCAUUAGACAUUUGAUUAGCUGGUUUGUUAGAAGAAUUAGUGAAUACCUGGCAAGAAUGGGAUAAUUAUGUCAGAUCCCCAAGGCAUGGCAGAGGACCCACCCUCAGCAAAUAAAUUCAAAGAAAGAACCUGUCCACACACACUGGUGUGUUUUGAAAUGCUACCCCUCCUCUCUGCCACUUACUUUUGACUGGCGUCGUUUAUCAACAGAGGUUUUCGUGCAUUCAAAACAGAACCUAGACAUGCUUGAUGUAUAAAGUAUAUCACAUCCAAUUGAGUAGAUAUUAAGAGCAGUUCUUAAAUUGCUGUAUUUGAUUGGCUUGAUUAACCGAUAAUUAGAAGAAUAUUCACUGAUUAAUUUAGGGAAAACUUAAUAGAAGGCAGUAUGUUCUAGAGGUAAGAAAGCUGAAUAUUCUAAGACCUAUCAAGGAAGGGAGCUUAAUAUUCUAAGAUAUAUCGAAAAAUUUAAUAUGUGAGCUAUUUACUGCUUAUUUUAAUGACCAAAGUAUGUUUACUAUAUUUAAACAGCUGCUAAGGCCAUUUAUUUUUUCAGUACUUGACUAAUAUCAUCAUUUCCCUUCACGUUGGAAGAAAAAUCCAAAUAAUAUUUUAAGAACUUAAUGAGUGGUAAUUUUUUUUGCACAAAAGAUAGGAACUUCAAUAAAUUCUAACAUUCUCUAACUUGUAAAUACUUGAGCUAUAAUUUAUAUGAACUUAUGUUGUGUUUAGUCCCAGAAACAUGUCUAAUUGAUUCUGUUUCUAAAGAUGGGUUCAACUAAGGCUUCCAAACCAUGGAGUUUUUGUGUGUGUGUGUGUGUGUGUUUUUUCUUUAACACUUUCUAGUUAUGCCACUAAGAAACCAUAUACUCACAAUCAUAAACUAGUUUAUUGGAACUAUAUGUAUAACAAGACUCCUCUAUUCAUAAAUAAAUAAAAAUCUGAAAGCAACUUGGCUAUUGUUGGGAGAAUUUGUAACAGCCCUCUACUUUAGGUUUUGGGUGACUGUGCUAGGAUUUUGUGUAGAGCCCAGAAGGCAGAAGAUGGGGAAUGUGGGACAAGAUGAAUAUUGACGCGCAGUCUCACAAUUGCAGCCACUAAACUUCCACCCUCCAGGGCUGGAUAAGGCUUGCCUCUGCUCUCCUAAUUUAACUUCAAGUCUUGUCCCUGACAUACACUCAGUCAAUUUUAUUCUUCUACGUACAUCGUCCCCUCUCAUUAAAUGGCAAGAACACCCCGUACUACCGAUAUGUACUGGGCUCUACAUCUGCCGCUCCUACCACUGGUAGGUAAAGUGUCCAUUCAACCCUGAUAGCACUAAAAAGAGGAUUCGUACAGGUUGCUUGAGAUAUUCCAAGGAGAUGGUGCAUGAGGUUAGCACAGUGAAGAUAUUUUUUUUUAAGAGAGCUAUCAUGAAUUAGUCUCAAUAUAUGCUACACAUGAACCACAGGAUUUAUUGUAUGUCAGUACAAUCCUCACAAGAACUCUGUGUGGUACUUAUUUUACAGAUACAUUUGAAACCCUUAUUAUCUCUAUAGGAAAUGUGCUUUGGUGAAUGAAUUGUGAGCAGAUUUACAAUUCAUCCGUCAGUUCACUUAUUCACCAUACUUUUGGGGUAUUUUGAGGUAUUGAUUAGCAUGAAGGAAGUAGAACAAUUGGUUGACUAUGACCUUUCCCUGUGAGGACUUGGCAGUCUCUCUAGAGAUGGCAAAACGAGUAGGAAUUGGUCAAGAAGACCGAGGAGGGGGACGGCAGCGAGUGAUUACCGCUGGACCAAUGGUGCCGGGAAGCGUUACAUGUUCUGUAAUAGACAUGGUUUAUGUAUUUAUUUCUGAAGUGGUGGUUAUGAGAUAAGGGAGAACUUUACCAGGUUAGAGGGAGUUUUUGGUAAAUUUGGGUAGAGAUCAUAUAUUAUUUCCUUAAUUAGGUUUUGGCCCUAUAGUUGUCAGCAUGUCCUAUCAAUUUCCAAAGAAAGAAAUGCAAAUAGAACAAAAUCACUGACACUUGCUGUCUCCCCAUGCCCACUCACAACUACCCCAGCACAUUUCUAACAAAGAAACUUGGUCUCUAAUUGAAUAUCAACGGGCCUGAAGAGCAUGUGGUCUGAGUGGUGGCCAUGCCGGUCAUUGCUGAUGAUGACGGGAAGAGGGAAACCGCUCCUUCACCCGGGCUCCAGCUGGCCAACAGCACCUCCUCUCCGUCC